UAAAAAUUGAAACACCGAAUCCAAAUUCUACAUCCCACAGCGACCUUAGGAAUCCAUAUUGCUUGUCUAUUGAGUUGGGUAGCGAGCACUGCUCUGUAAAUUAGUAGGACGCAUCCUGUAGCUGUAGGCCUCCGAGUAACAAAAUACAGAUUUGUACGUUUGGACUGCAUAUACAUACGGAUUUGAAUUGUUUUCACAACUGCAUCGCCUGAUCUUUUUCUCGUCGAUCAUAGUUGUUUUUUCGUGUCGGCUCGACACAAAAGAGUUUUACAACGUCUCCGUUUCACCAAGAACACCAUCGCAUCAAAAGACUCUCGCAGCCGCACCAUCUUCAUCAUGUCCUUGCUGAGUUCUUACCGAAUCGCGGACACGCAUCACCGGACCUGGGGCCUGGCGGUCGCCGGUACCACAACCGCUUUCCUCGUGGCGGCGUAUUACAAUUACCACAAACGGGGGGAGCGUGCUGACCGCGCUGCUGGUCGAACAUCAAAUAGACGCAAAAAUAACGGCACGAAAAAACAGAAAGUUGUUCCCGCUCCUUCGGCUGCUGAUGAACCAUUAUCCGAUUCCGCGGCAAACGAAGGAGCAAAACUACAGGAUGAAUUGCAGGAGUCCGCAAUAAAAACAAAGCAGCUGGUGCACCAGCUGCCGGACAGUAAUAUCGCGUCCUUGGAGGACUUCGAUUUGGAGGACGAGUAUCUGCUCGUGGAUGACUUUGACAGCGAUACGGCCCGCGUGGAAGUCGUGCCGAGUUCGAAAAUGAACGUAGUUGCGCCGAGCACGACCUUCCACAAUGAGAGCAGCAGCAGCAGCAGCAGUACCAAUCGCAUUCUUGACGACGAAAACUUCACCCACGACGAGAAGGAAAUGACAAGCAGUCAUACGAAGAGCUGCAUCGAAAGAACGACCAGGGAUCAUGAUGAAGAACGCACGUUCUUCGUCGAGAAGCAGUUGCGCAGUGUCGGGCUCUUCACCGCGUCGGCGAUUGGUGAUGAGGAGGACCAUGAUCUCGAGGACAGCAACAAGAGCGCAACAAGCCCAACCUCGAGCAACGAUAAAAACAAAAAUAUAUCUUCCACAACGUCAAGGUCAACCACUGCCCCGAUUCCCAAGAAGAAUUACCCGCUGGCGGGGGAGAACGGCGAGACUGCGGACGACGUGGUCGAGGUCAAAUGGGUGUCAGAGGCGGAGGAAAAGCGCCGGUACUUCAACGUUUGGGCGGAAGAGGACGAAGACGAUCCGUUCUUUCAUAACAUGCCCAAGCCGAUGGGGAGCAACGCAAUUGACUCAACCUCUUCUAUUUCUGCAAAGCAGAGCACCAUGAGCAACUCGUUUAUCGUCGAUCUCACCGGCGAGAAGGACGAAAAGGCGACUAGUACAUCGUCGCGUUUGCAAAACGACCACCAAGAACUCCCCGGAGGUGCACCAGCCGCCUCUGCUGGGACCACCAAAACAAGUCUAAGUGCAACAACUACAAGCGACAGUAAUAGAAAUAACAACUUCGAGCAGCAGCUGCUUCCCUUCGAGUCCGAUUUUAUGGAUUCCGAGUCCGAUUUCUUGGAUUCCAUCUCCACGACCACCCCGGCCAGCUCCUGCUACACCAGCCCCCGGACAGCUUUGAUAGCCGGUGGGGGCGGUGGUCACAACUGCGGGAAGACGAAGAACAAGAAUCCACCGUCGGUGGUUUACAGUUUUCCACCGUCCUCGGCUCCUUUGGGGACAGCAGCGGCUGCCUCGUCGACCUGUUCCAGUUCUUCGUGCUGUGCUGGUAGUGCUGACACGGCGACGGGGAUGAACAACAGAAACGCGGAUUGUUCCACGACUUCGUCUACCUGUGAAAACCACAAGAACCCAACCAGUGUGAGCUGCAAGAAAGGUGAAACUGAUCACAGUGAUAGCAUGGUGCAACAGAUGCACGACGUCAAUCAGCACAAUAGAAGAAGCACGUCGAAUAAUGAUCUUCACACUUGCGGUCGUUGUACUUCGGGUGAUAGUACAACGAACGACCAUCAACAGGAGCGUAGUACAACCAGCUCUAGUAGUACUUGUUCUUCCCAACAACAAGUGCUGCGUCAUCAACCGCAGUUCACGACGACGAGUCAUCAGCCGGUGGUGAAGAUCAAACUGGACGAGGAUCAUGUGCAGAUUCUCAGCACGCCUCUCGGCAAUCCCGACGACCUCGAGUUGGACCUCGAGGACCUCUUCUAA